AAAACGCAUGUUUUGGCGCCGUUUCUGUUGCAGAACUAAAACCCUAGCAGCCACGAGCAUAACCAUUUUUUCAAGUUACCCAGAAGCAAAAUUGAUCAAUCAAAAUUGCUUCUGGAGCACGAAGAAUUGGCCUCAACGAUGGCUGAUUCGUCUGUUAAGCCUGACAAGAAGAAGAAGAAGAAGAGGAAGCUAACCAACCUCGAGGAGAAACCAAGAACUCCGAAGAAGCACAGGACUGACGUACCAGAGAAAGAGAAGGAAGUCGAUGUAGGUGGAAGCUCAAAACAGAAAGAAUUUUAUAAUAGGAUUGAAGCAGAGCAUCCAUGGAGUAAUCUGCAACUGAUCCUAUCGCUUCAGAGUAAAGGAAUAGAUCUUCAAAAGAAGGUGGAACUAGCUUUCAGUUAUGUGAAUUCGAGGGGAAAAGGAGCCAUUGAAGCUGAAGAAGAUUAUGAAACAGUAAAAGUAUCCCGCCUUGUAGUUUUUCUUAGCGAUUGGGUGCAGUCAUUGUUGAUUUCUAUGGAUAAGAAAAUCCAAGUUGAGUCUGGAGAUGUUGAGGCAUGUUUAGAUUAUAGAUGCUGGCUUAUUUUCAAGUUUUGCUUGGAAGAAUCUUUGAGGUUACAAGUUUCAUUGAGUCUCUCACGGAAUCUCUUGCGAGCUUUCUGUUGUAUUUCGAGAAAUGUUUUUUUGAUACUCAAUGAGAUGUCUUUGCAUUCCAAAGAUUUGGUUGCUAUUGAUAAAGAGUUUGAAUUGUAUAAGGUUGUCCUGGAUUGUGUUUCUCUGGUAUUCUUAUCUCAUGGUGGCUUGUCUAAUGAAAAUUUGGACUUAUGGAUUUCUGCUGUCUCUGCUGUUCUUGAGCUUUUGCACAAAAUUUAUGAUGAGAAUCUUGAUGGUGGAAGUGCAGGCGUUUUUGCCCUUAGGUUCUCCUGCUUGAUGCUUGAGCCAUUUGCCAAAUUUCUAAGAGUCCACCCAACUCGGAAAAUUGGAUUUCGUGAAUUUGUAGAUGAACUUCUUGGGCCUCUAUUGCAUUCCUUGGAUGUCCUGCAUCUCCAUUUUGAUGGAAGCAAUACUGGCUUGACAAAAAACUUGUUGACUACAGUUGAAGAGGUUUUAUCUCAGGGACUGUUUCAUUCAGUUCACAUUGAUGGAUUUCUUAGCUUAAGCAGUGCAGAAAAAUAUUCUGCAUCUAUUGAUGGGAAAAUGAAAGACUCAAAAACAGUCAUUAAAAGUUAUCAUAGACAUUUGUUUGAUAAGCUGGAAAGGAUUAUGGCUUCAAAGAAGGAUUCUGAAUUAAGUGCCUUAGGAGAACUAUUUCACUUGCUUGUUUGUCAGGUAAAAAAUCAAAAAGCAGCUUCAACUUUGUCUGAAGAUAAGAUGGCUGAGAAAAUUGAAGGGUUCAGGCAUUUAUCUGGUCCCAGUUCUACAAUUUUACACCAAAGUAGCAGUGCUACUCCAGAAAAUAGUAAUGGCUCUUGUAAUUUGACGGCAGAAAAAGGAAAAAUGCUUUUUGACUUUUUUGUACAGAUUAUGGAGCCUCUUUUUCUUGAGAUCAAUGGCUAUCUUCAAACUGAUUUGGAAGUUGGCCCUCUAUUGUUGAAUGUUCACUGUAUACUCAAAUCAAUAAAUCAUUUGCUAGCGACCCUUUUUCAUGAACAAAUAUACACAAAAACAGAGGAUAUCUCUGAUGGAGCUUGCCUUAAUUUCUUGAAGAAGGCUUAUAAUACUAUUUUCUCAUUUUCCACCAAAUUACUUUGUUUGCCAAUAUGUGAUAUGGACAGCCAGAUGCAAGAGAGAUUAACAUUAUUAGCAAAACAGCUAUUUGUUGCUGUACAGUACUUUUUGGAUAUUGAAUAUGAAGUUAUUGAGAAUGAUUUAACUAGCUUAUGGUUUAUGGUGCUUUCAUACUUGGCUCUUGUUUGUUCCUGCAAGAAUGUGCCAUAUCAAUGGCCAUUGACUUCUCAGAUUAUAGGGUUUGGAAACCAGCUGGUUAAGCUUUAUGGUGACCUUCGACAGGUGGAGGGUGCCAUAUUUGCACUCUGUAAAGCAAUGAGGCUUAUAAUAGAACAAGAGAAUAAUAGUGGUGGUGAACAGAAAUUUGGUUGUCUUGGGUCCUUUCCAACCUUUUUACCUUAUGAAGCAUAUGCAAAAUCAGUGGGAAUGCUGCUAGGGGCAAAAGAAUUUAAAGUAGGCAUUCAAAACGGUAUCAAGUCCAUACCAGAGGGGCAGGCAAGUGAAUGUAUUCGGCAAUUAAGCAUAGACUUAUCGGAGUCCAUGAAAUGGAUGGAAAGAUGUUCUCUAGUGACUGACAAAAAGAAACUUCAGCAUUCAAAUACAGGAAGUAGGAUGCUACUUUUUGAUCUGCAAGUUGAACUUUAUGGAAGAGGACUGUCUGAAGUGUAUGCGAUAGUGUUAGAUUCAUUGAAUGUUACAGUUGGGAACAGUAACCUUGUCGGACGAUCUAUAAGAGACUUGAUUACUGCAAUUCGUCCCUGCAUGAGUAUUCUGGUUGGAUUGGAGCCAAAUAGUAUCCAUGAGUUCCUUUCUUAUAUCACAGGAAAAACCUUUCAUAAGAUACCUGACGAAAACAAACAUACUGUGUUGAAUUUUGGAGUAUCCACCUACUUGGUCUUUGUAUUCUUUCUUCGCUUAUACAUAUCCUGCCAAAGCUUAUAUAGGCAAACAGUCACUCUCAUGCCUCCAGAUGAAUCAAGAAAAAUGUCAGCAGUAGUGUGGGAUUCACUUACAGUAUACUCUGGCAGAGAUUUGAUGGAGAGAACUGAUUGGCCAAAUGAAGGUUAUUUUUCUUGGAUUGUCCGACCUUCAGCUUCUCUUCUUGUCAUUAUACAUUCUGUCUCUGACCUUUGUCUUAGGAGCAGCAAUUCAGAAUGUUGUCCUUUGAUAUAUGUUUUCCAUGCUAUGGCUCUUCAGAGGCUUGUGGAUUUGAACAGGCAGAUAAAGUCAUUGCAGUAUAUACUGCAAAGAACUGAUGGUAUCAUCCAGGUCAAAUUGCUUGAUGAUGCUAGCUUGUCACUGCAUCGUAAAAGAAGCAGAAAGUGGGGAAGUGUCCUUUCUGCUUUGAAGGAGGAGGCAGAGGGUCUUACUGAGUACAUUACAAGUUACCUCCCAGUAUUAGAUAAUGUUCGGAUUUCAGUUUGCGCUAAUGAUAAUGCAGCUUGUCUGGCUACCCAUGUCCAAGGUUUGGAUGAAAAUGAUAAAUGGGAUUUGGGUGUUUGUUCUGUGAAUAAGGAGUCAUUGCCUGCUGCAAUAUGGUGGAUUCUUUGUCAAAAUUUUGAUGUUUGGUCUAUUCAUGCUAGUUCAAGGAAGUUAAAGGCUUUCCUCUCCAAUGUGAUACGCACUUGCUUACCCUCUAUAACAAGGAGUUUCACUGAUGGGGAAAACAGCAGAGCUGAUGAAGCUGGUUAUCUGACAGUGCAUCAAAUCUCAUCAGAACUUCUGACUAGUUCCAUUCUAUAUGAACAUAAAUGCUGCCUUUUUUACCAGAUUGUCUGCAAGCAUUUGGCAUCAACAUUGUGCCGUCUGUUGAAGAAAUCAGUGCUGUCAUUAUUUAGGGAUUUUUCAAUUAGGGAUGUUGAUUUAAAUACGUCUCCUAAUUGGCCAGAGAUUUUAAAUACAGUUGGAAGCUUACAAAUGGAUGUUCCAGGGAGCAAACCUGUCGCUCAUGACAAGAAUUCAGAUGGAAAACCAAGUUCUCAUUUAUCGCUUAAGGUGCCUGCAGAUAUUUACACAGAUUUGCAAGGCAUGAAUUUUACAACAUGUCAGAGAUUGCUUAGGCUUUUAUGCUGGAUGCCAAAAGGAUGUAUGCAGUCCAAAUCAUUCUCACUUUAUGUCACUUACCUACUAAACCUAGAAUGGCAUAUAAUUAGGAGCUUAUUAGAAUGUCAAGCAUUGGCCUUACGUACGCAACAUGAGCUCUUAAGAUUGCUUGUAUCCAGCCGGAGGGCCUUGAAAUAUAUAUUUAUGGCAAUUUAUGAGGAGAAGGCAAUAACUAUCCAAUCCUCAGUGAUUUCAGCUCUUGAGGGUUCAUUUUCUGUUUCAUGGUUUUUCAAGUCGGUGUUCUUGGUGGUUGGGCUUCAAGAGACUCUGUCAAAAGAUCAGGCUGAUGAAAUUAGACACGCAAUAUUUUCUUUGAUGGAUCACACAUCCAAUGUGUUCCUAACAUUGAGCAAGUGUCACUCUAUUUGUGCAAUUGACUCAACAAUUGCUAAAAAACCUCAAGUAGAGAAAUUCAGCUUUAAUAUUUCUGAGGAACACAUUGCUUUAAGUGAAUCUGACCCAUGUUUGGAUUCCUCAGGAAAUAGUAAAGCCUGGAAAAGUAUUCUCCUUGUGGCUGAGAGUUUGAAGGAACAGACACAGGGAUUACUUAUUUCUUUGAAGGAUGGCCGUAUCAAUGAGAAAGCAGGAAAUAAUGUCAAUUUGAACAAACUAUCUUCUAUAGUUUCUUGUGUUAGUGGGUUCUUGCGGGGCCUAUCAUCUGUCUUCAACCACACAAGUGCAACAACAAUUGAUAAGGUGAAAUUCCUGGGUUGGAAUUCUGAAGAUUUGUCCAAAUUUGAUCUAUGUGUCAAUGUGUUUGCAGAUUUUUUUAGUUUCAUCUUGCACAUAUUGUUUGUUGAGGAUGAUCAUCAAUCCAGAUGUUCGUCUGAUGAUAAAAAUGUUGGAAAGCCUUCUGAUAGAAGUUGUUUGUCAGGUUCUGAGGAGUUUUCUGAUAAAGCGUCUCUUAAGGCUAAAACUUUAGGUGGUGAAUGUGAACAGUAUGGGGAAUUAAUUGCUGCCGAAAACUGCUCAGCUUCAUUGAGUACCGAUAAUAAAUUUUGGAAGGCUAGCAUGCACAGGAGUGAUUUGCAGUUGGAAGAAGCAACAAGCACUGUUGCCAGCAUUCUUAGUAAACUAGAUACCUAUGAGGUUAUAUUGCAUGAUAAAUGUUUGUUAAAAAGCUUGAUUAAAGAUGAUCAUCCUGAAGCUGCAAAUUUGCUUAGGCAAUUAUUGAUUGGUGCUUCAGCUCUUCUGAGACUGAAUUUGCCAACCAAUUAUGCUUCCUUGUUGUCCAGCUUGGUACCAUGUUGUUUUGGCAUAUCUAAAGUCUUGCUGUUGACGUUAGCAGAAGUGUCAAAGGUGCCAAAACCAUUCUCCUUUGCUUGGUUAGAUGGUGUUCUCAGCUAUCUGCAAGAAUUAGGGAGCUAUUUUCCCAAAUGGGACUUGGCUAUUCACGCCAAGCUGGUAGAGUUGCACUUAAAUGCUUUAGGAAAAUGCAUUACUUUGCAGGGAAAAGAAGCUACUCUGGCUUCUCAUGAAACAGUGUCAAGUAGUAAGAUAAUCCAGAUUAAUAAAGGAUCAUCUGAAACAUCUAUUUCUCGAAUGUCACUAUUCUUGAAUGAAUUUAAGGCUAAAUUAAAGAUGUCAUUCAAAGAGUUAAUAAGCAAGUCGUCAGGGUUGCAUGUUUUGUCUGCAAUACAAGCUAUUGAGAGAGCAUUGGUGGGAGUGCAUGAAGACUGUAAAAUAAUCUACAAUAUAAAUCUUGGAAGUGCAGAUGAUGGAAAGAUUUCUACAACUGUUGCAGCUGGUAUUGACUGCUUGGAUCUAGUUCUGGAAUAUGUUUCAGGUAAAAAAUGUUUCAGUAUUGUUAAAAGGCACAUGAAGAGUUUGGUUGCUGCUUUGUUCAACAUAGUUCUACACUUGCAAAGUCCAUCAGUUUUCUAUGGUACUCCAGCUGGUGGUAAUGUUCAUAAGGGUCCAGAUCCAGGAGCAGUCAUACUUAUGUGUGUUCAGCUGCUAAUAAGAGUUUCUGGGAAAAAAAAUUGGUUUCAAAUGGAUUCCUGGCAUGUGGCACAGUCUUUACACAUACCUGCGGCACUUUUUCAAGAUUUUGGUCAACUCAAACUUUCUAAAGUUCCACUUUUAUCUGAUGUAUGCUCCUUUGUGGAUAACACAGACUCUGUUUCUAUAGCAGACACACAUUCUUUUGCUGUAGAUCAACUAUUCUCGAUAGAAUUAUUUGCUGCAUGCUGCCGAUUAUUGUAUACCACUUUGAAGAAUCACACAAGCAAGUCAGAACAGUGCAUCGCUCUGCUUCAACAAUCUUCCUGUGUUCUUCUUCAUUGUCUGGAGACGGUGGGUAAUGACCUGACAGUCAGAAAAGGUCAUUUUUCAUGGGGAGUUGAAGAGGGAGUAAAGUGUGCUUGCUCUUUUCGGAGGAUUUAUGAAGAGGUAUGUGAUGUUAUCUCAAUGAUGCCUUUUGCACUGAUGUGGCCUAUAUCCUAGACGCUCAUUCCUUUAAUAGUAGCUGAUUCAAGCAAGUUAGGGUGAAUUGUUAUCUAAUACCACCUCCAUACAGGCUGUUUGGUAAUAGUGAUGAGGUUACAGAGACUAGAAUAGAACUUGUUUAUUGUAGAUUACAAGUAUUGAUGGUUCAGACUUCGCUAUGUUGAUUAGUUCAAGAUGUUUGUGGCUGAGAGCACCACCAUGCCCCAACCCUCAACUAGGGGAAAAGUCGAUUAAUAAGAUGGAAAUGAGUACAAAUAUUAGCUGUGAUGUUACAAGGUUAUGUCACAAUUUCAAAUUGUUCACUUCAUUUUCUGACCAGGCAUAUGAGAAGGCUUUUUGACAUGUGAAAGGGAAAGUAAUUGGCGCUGUACAUGACAUUGGAAUUUAUCAUAAAAGGUUUGUAAGAGGCUGUACUGCAGCAGAAUUGCCAAACAGUACAGGGGAAGGGAUUCGAGAAGAAAGGAAGAAGAAUUAGAGGAAAGGAAGAAGCAGCAGAGGAAAUAGAGAGAAAUCAGAAUUAGAGAGAAAAGGAGAAUAGUAUUUUUGUUUGAUCUUGUAGGAUUCGCCAAUACAUGUGUGUUACACACUUCAUAUACUAUUCUCUAACAGAAUACUAGCUGGAUAACAAACUUCCAGCUGUCCAACUACUUUAUGAAUCUAUGCCCAAUGUACCCUCCAAUUCGAAAUUACAUAUUUCUCUCCUUUACAUUUCUUUUCUUCUUUCUAUUAUACGUAACAAUACCCCCUCCAUGGGAACCUUCUUGUCCCGAAGAAGGAUUCAAAUCAGGGAACUAGGCUGUGUGAUGAAAGGCCGCUCUACACUAAUCCUCAUUCUAAUCCUCAUUUCUUCAAACUUAUUUUAGUACUCCUCUACACUUCCCUCUUGUCUCAUCUUCAUAAAUUCCUCCACUAUAUCUCCCAACCCUUAAUCCCCAAACCUAACACACAAUUCCCUCUCAUAAUUCUCCCAAGUAUGAGGACAUACUCUGUUAAUCCAAUCGUAAUAACAAGCAUUAGCUCAAUCAAUAAAAAAUAAGCUAGUAAUCUCUACCUUCUCUUCACUUGGGGCCUUGUAGUCUUCAAAGUGCUUAAUACAUUUUCUCACCCACACUCUAGGUUUCUUACCAUCAAAAGUUAUUAAUUUAAUUUUAGGGAGAUAUUUUUGCAUACCUCCAAGAUCAACCCAAGAGCCGAACACUCCCCUAGCAGAAUUUCUACUCCCAGAAUCCGAUCCUUGCUUCUGGUGCACAAUCUCUCUGGGUAUGGGUGAAAUUCCCCAUACCCCGACACUCACAGUAGUCCCAUUAACCACACUCUCUUCAUUGACUACCCCUUUUCCCCUAUCAUUCAUACUUCCAGUAAGAAGAGAUCGAAAGUCCUUCGCAAUGGAACUCUACAGCAUUCUGCUUGAUUUCCUUUCUCAACAAUUCCAUAUUUCUCCUGGACUCUUCUUUCAUAAUUAUAAUUUUGUUCAUCCAACUCUAACAUCCAACUCUAACCCAUCCAAUCUAACAGAAUCAACACCCACACUGCAAAUCUAGUCAUGUUGCGGUUCUCUUGCAAAAGAUUGAUACACUACCCACUUCUCAAUACCAAUUGUACUGAAGCAGAAUUGCCAAACAGUAUGAGGGAAGGGAUUUGAGAAGAAAGGAAGAAGAAUUAGAAGAAGAGAGGACGGAGCAGAGGAAAUAGAGAGAUAUCAGAAUUAGAGAGAAAAGGAGAAUAGUAUUUCUGUAUUGAUCUUUUAGGAUGCCUCUCUACAUGUGUGUUGCACACUUUAUAUUCUAUUCAGACAAAAAAAAAAGAAUAACAAAUUUCCAGUUUGUCCAACUACUUUAUGAAUCCAUACCCAAUUUAACCUCCAAUUCUAAUUACACGUUUCCCUCCUUUAAAUUUCUUCUCUUCUUUCUAUAAUACGUAACAGAGGCCUCUGAUUGUUUAUUUGUGAAAUCACCUUGGUUCCAUCAACAGAAUAAAUAAUAUUGGAAACCAUGUCAAGAAUUUAGAAACGUAUGGAGACAA